UACGUCAUGAAAUUCGAAGUCGGUUCACUUUAAAUAAAAGCGAAGUGUCGUCAGCAAACAAUACAUCUCGUGAAGCUCCUUUACAAGACAUGGUAGGAAAUUUAUAUAGACGAGGAAUAAGAAGGAAUCAAUUAUGGUGCCUUGCGGUACACCCAUAGUAACAGACGAUCCCUGUGAAAGAGCUCCAUUUACAUUUAUGUACCUUUUGAAAUCUAUCGUUUAGGUAUGAUCGCAUAAGAUUAAGGGCUUUUGCGCCAAUACCAUAGUGUUGAAGUUUUUUGAUUAGAUUUAAUACUCAAAAAAAAUAAUAAAAUAACUCUUUGACUUCAUUUUCGUCUGGGGGUCUAGUCAAGACAGCGUAAAAGUAGUGUAUGUAGAAAGUCGAAAACUAAAUUUGUAUGAAAAUGACAGCUAGUAGUUGGUACCAACUGUCGACACUAGCUGCCAUUUUCAUACAAAUUUAGAUUUCGAAAAUAUUAUCGGUUCAAUAAAUUUAAAAUUAUCGUAGACGGACUAUGGUAUACAUAUUAUAUUCUAUACUCUGUCAGUCUCUCUAAGGUUUCAGAAUUCAGACUUCAGUUUCUAGUUCCUACAUUUUGUACAUAGGUCAGAGGUACUUAGAAUUUAUCCCAUUCCCAAUAGCCUGAAUACUGUUAACUGUUUAUUGAAAACGAUCCCCUUUAAUGUUAAAUGUCUGGAUUAUCUUACUUGUGUGAUUACGGAGAUUCUGAAGAAAGUGAAACGGAGGAAAGUAGGAUCACUGUGAAAGAAAAAUCUAAGUUACCAGUCCCGAAUCUGACUAAGGUAACUGUGUGUCCUCCAGAUUCUUAUUGUGAUGAUCCACGGCAACACCAUGGUCGCCUACGAACAUUUCCUCAUAUAAGAGGUAAUUGGGCUACUUUAGUAUAUAUAAAAUGUCCUGAUGAGAGUGCCAUACUUGACUUGCUGUGUAAAAUAAAAUUUGUUUUUAAAACCAUUGAUGAAACAUGCUAUCCAUGUGAUAAUUUACACAUAAGUGUGACAAAAACUGUUGUGCUAAAGUAUCAUCUAAUAACAUCAUUUACAACAUCCUUGCAAGAGAUUAUUAGCGGAAUAGAAACUUUUGAAUUGGGGUUUGAUACUAUAGAGGUGUACACCAAUGAAGAAAAAACUCGUACAUUUGUUGCUUUGAAGGCUGAUCAUUUGAGUAGAAAAUUUUUGCUCAGAAUUGUUGAAAAAGUGGAUAAUGUACUUGAAGACUACAACUUACCAACCUUUUAUAAAGAACCAUCAUUUCAUAUGAGCAUUUUGUGGUGGAAAGGGGAUUUGAAGGAUGCUAUUUUAAAACACAUUGAUGAAUUAAAUACCAUUCUGGCUCAGGAGAAAGAAGUUUACAAGAAGUUUUGUAUACAAAAAGUAGAUUGUAAACUAGGUAAUAAAUAUUACCAGUUUCAUCUUGACUAA